GGGCCACGCUCACCACUUUCACGUCAUUCUACCUCACAGGGUUUAUAAAUCUUUCAACAGGUGACCAAGUGAAAGUGACCAGAGUGCCAGAGAUCUCAGACCUCACCCGCCCCUUACCUUCCUGCCUUGGUUGGAUCAGUCCAAGACAGCGCUCCAGCAGUGAGGGUGUUUAAGCAGGUUCAUGUGAAAUGACAGAUUAGAGAAGUAUUGGUCAGCCGUUGCGUUUCUUAACAGAUUAUAAGGCCUCAUUGUGGAAUAAUAUAGAAAAAUGGGAGCAUUUUCCAUACAGCAUGGCGGUUCAUGAGCUAUUGUUGCCUGAGUAGAGCAACAAUGCUGAAGCCAAAAGGAACUAAGGGGUUCUGGUGUCUUUGGGUCGGUGUUCUGGUCCAAGGAAGCAACCUCGGAGGAAACAGCGACCACCAACAGAGGCCUCUCUGCCAUGCAGGUUCAUACUGUCCUGUGGGGACGUCACGCGCCACUCUCUGUCCCGAGGGAAGCUACGGCCCCAGUGAUGGUGCUGUCUCAAGCGAGGGCUGUCUGAGCUGUCCCUCGGACCACUACUGCCCUAGAGCAGGCCUAGAUGCCCCACUGUCCUGCGGCGCAGAUGCUCACCAGCCCCUCCCAGGGCAGAGAGUCUGUAUCUGCCUGGGCGAAGGACAGAGCUUCCAGACCAGCGAUGGCCAGUGUCGCUGUGCUCUGGGUUAUCAACCCACCAACCAGAGGAAUGUGUGUGUGGAGACUCUGUAUGACGUUUGCAGUGACAGAAAAACCCGGACUCAGUAUGGAAACUGUCUGGGCAAAAGUCAAUGGGCGCUACAUUGUAGCCAACAGGUGUGUCUCUCUGCGGAGGACUACCAGGGCUACGACGGGGAGUUGGGCGUGUGCACGUGCAGAGAAGCUCCGGGAAGGACCUCCUGUGGAAGCCUAUGUAGGCGCGGCCCCAGCACUAAGCUAAAGCUUCAGUGCAGCGCCAACGGAGAUCUAGAGUUAGCAUGGCGCUAUGAUACACAUCAGGCCUCCGCCCUCUCCGGCAGUCUGCUAGAGAGUGUUUUUAAACGCUGGGACUCCCAGGGGGCUCUGCUUUGUCAGAGGCUCGACGCGACACACUCGGUACAUGCUGUGGAGACGACGGUGGCAGGCUUUCUUGGCCUUCUCAGCGGCAUCCCAAAGGAGCUACAUGCAUUGUUCCCCACUGGCAGACAGGACGAGCGUACAGGACUGGAAGUGCUAGAAACAGAUAAUUACUCGUUUUCAAAUGGGGAUUCUGAGGCUACAACGCAUGGGUAUCAAGAUAAAAACACCAGCGAUGAGGGCGGAGCCUCAAGUAAUGUUGGCUGGGGCAGUUUAAAUGACGUGCCUGCUGUCAGUGGGGUCAUGAACCCCACAGCGUGUCUCCAGCUGGGGGACGUCUUGCUCUUCACUGUCACCACACACUACUACCCCCAGUAUGACAUUGCCAAUCUCUUCAACACAAACCCUGAUUUCGACUGGGGUGUAUUUACCCUGCUGGCGGACGAGCUGGCCCUGUCCUCGCCUCCUCCCACCCUGUUUCCCCUGGUAUUCAGCAUGCCUGGAACAUAUGUCCUGAAGCUUAGCAGCAAUCAGUACAAACACAUGUAUGUGCGGGUGAUGCCAGCCGGGGGCCAGUGUUACGAGCCAGAGCCUUUUUUAGCGACCUCACCCGGUCACCUGACCAGGGUCGGCAUCAGGAGGAAACACACCCUGCUACUGCGACCUGAUUGGGCGGUCACAGGCGGACUGCUUUCUGGCGCUGUGCUGCUCAUGUGUUUAUGUGUGACAAUGCUAGUCCUGUUUCGUGAAUAUGGUUGGCCAGAGAAGAAGCCAAUCAAUGCGAUGUACCGUGUGACAUCGCUGGCCUACUGCAUGGCGGAUUACUCUUCAAAGGGUUCAAGGUUGACAUCAUUCAAAAGGACCCAUAGAAACCAGCAAGCCAGAGAGACACAAGAUCCCAUAGGGUCAGUGGGGUGUGCGGAGCCGACCGAUGAGUUCUGGGAUUAUGAGAAGCAGGUGGACCUGGAAGCCUUCAGCACCAACACCUUUUAUAACCUCCUGCUGAAGCAGAGCCUGUCCGUCACGUCCCGCCUGGGACAGCUCACCACCGAGGUGAAGGAGCUGUACCAGGGGGUGCUGGAGAAACUGAGCUCGCUCCGCCCACACUUGCCCGUAGAGGAGAGGGGAGCAGAAGGCUACGACAGGCUCAGGAGGGAGGUGGAGAGAGAGGCUGGACGCCGGCAGUCCAAGGCCACGCAGCUCAGGGUACUGCUUGACUUUCAACUGCAGGUGCUCCAACAAGAGGGUCAGAUCCAGAAGAGGGUCCACAAUGUGUUCACAGCCCGCCUGAAGGAGUGCACCAGGCUCCUGGCCAGGACCUGUAACCCUCCCCAGCUCCUUGGGGAAGAAGCCCUUCCAAGUGUGGUGCAGAGAGUGUUGUCGCUGGUGGAGGAGAUGGAGGAGCUGGUGUCUGCAGAGUCCAAGCGGCUGGGGGCCUGGGGAAUGCUGGGAGAGGGUACAGGGGCUAGGCUACUGUGCCCAGACACCGGGACGGUGCUCACCAAGGAGCACAUUAUUGGUCGUGCGGGGGAGUCACUGAGAGAGGGAGCGGUGCAUACUGACGCAGUGACUGGUCUAAUGAGGCCUGCUCCUAACUGCCAUAUGCUGCUAGGGGGCGGACACAUCAUGCCAGUGCCCCCCGACUACUUCCUUCACCCCCACACGGGCAGGGUCAUGCCCAUACAUGGCAAUGUGGCCUAUGACCCUGCCUGUUCUGCUCUUGUAUGCACUACCGACCUGUGCAGAGUAAAACCAGACGACAACAGUAAGUGUGAGGUCCCGCUCCUGCCCUUCGUUCCCUACCCAACCUCGCGCCACUCCAACCAGCCCAUGCCGUGCUCCAAGCUCAGAGGCCUGAGGCCAGGCCAGAGACUGCAGCUCGGGGCCCCCAUGGCAGACCCGGUCACUGGGGUCCCAGUGCCCAUCCUUGGGGUCACCAUCCACCCCCAGAGUGGGCUAGUGUACCCACUGGGAGGGCUGUAUGCCUGCCCUCUCACUGGGCUCCGGCAGCACAUACAGAUGGGUUCACCCUUCUUGGACCCGCGUACAGGCAGCAUGAUGCUGACCACGGGAGUCAGCCUGGACCCAAUGACAGGAAUAGUUGUGCCAGUGGGCGGGGUUGUCCUGGCUGAUUCAUUCAUGGAGCCUAUGAGUGGACGGCUGGCGAGAGUGGGUGGGGCCAGUUUAAGGGCGGGCCAGAUGGUGCCUCACGCAGGAGGAUUUCAGGCAUUCCUUGACAGCAAGGUGCUGUCAUCCCGGGCCACAGUGCUGAAUCUCUUGAAAGGUCUGACAGAGGGCUGGACCUCGGGCAGCGAGAGGGGGCAUGCUGGCAGCCAUGUUGACCAUGUGAAGGCCGCUGCCAGGGAUCUGGAGAUGGCCUGGGGGAGGAGCCUGCACUGCCUGCUGCAGCUGCAGACACGCCUCCAGAUACUGAUUGACUGGAGCUCUGGCCUACAGAGGGACGGGGGCACUCUGGGCCUCAUGCAGCUCCCAGGAUGUGACAUGUGUGUGACAGCUCUGCUGGGGCUGGAGUACCCCGACCCCAUGGGGUCUGGCCUGAGCGUGCCGGUCCUGGGCUCUCAGGUCGACCCCCUCACUGGGUCCACAGUGCCUCUGGCGGGGACCAUGGAAGACCCCAAUGGAAAAGGACUGGUACCCAUCCGGAUCGGGGCUCUGACCGUGGACCCGGUCACUGGGGUAUUGGCGCCAGUCGUCGGCGCCAGGUUGGACAUGUCAAGAAAGAACAUUGUUCCAGUAACAGUGUCCAACUGGACGGCCACCUAUGAUCACACAGAUACCGUCCAGGUGGAGGCUCUGCAGAAGGAGGUGUUUUUGAGAAGUCAGUACUGGCAGCAGCAGGGCCAGAGGGAGGAGAAGAUCCUCUCUGAUCUGGACAUGGCUCUGCUCCACUUCCUCGGAGAAGCCACGCAAGCUGGCUCCGCUCAGACCAACUGGACAGAGUCGGGUCGGUGUCUGCGGGAGGCGGGGAUGGAACUCCAGGAUGACGCCCAGUGUGAGGCUCAGAGGAGGGUGGUGCAAGUCGCAUUCCUGUCCCUCCUGCUGCCAACUCCUGUCCUACACAUCCUCACACAGGGGGACGAAGAGGAAUGGGAGCUGCAGUGUGUCUGGCACUCCCAGCUCAUGUCGUGUCUGGACAGCAUUGAGGUCACGAUGGAGCAAUUGCACUGUGGUCAGGAGAAGCAUUUCCCGAAACAGGAUGUGGACUGGGAUCUGAGACAGAAGGAGCUCUCACAGCAGUUCUGCUCCAGACAGGCCGAGGUGGAGACAGUUUUGAGCAGCCUUCAGUCCACGCGUCAUCUCUCCCUGCUCCGCUCAGACACUGCACAAGCUGUGUUGGGUCGUAAAUUCUGGUACAAGGACUAUGGGCUGCCCCACCACGACGGACUCAGAUCGGAUGUGAGGGUGGUUGGCUUGGCUCAACAGAAGGCUCUGCCCAUCCUGGAGAGGCUCAGACAGCUGCUGGAAGACAAACAGCCCAUGAGCCUCUCCCCAAGCAACUACUGGCAACACAUUGGCGGUCUUUCAACCAAACAGGCGUACGGGUUAGAGAUGUCUAGAGCGUGGACAGCCUCUGUGCCCGUGGUGAAAGGAAUCUCUUCCCAGUCUUUGAGGGAGCAAAUCAAAUCACAGUCCCAAGAUUCGGCACUGCCCGCCAGUCCACAGACCAACCCCCACACCGCAUCAUCUGGAAACCCUUGCCAAGAGAACCAACCGAUGAAAGCAUGUGGCCCGCCCACUCAUGUGUGUGUUCCUACAAUUGCAGAGGAGGAGUGGGAUAAGCUGCUCCAGCGAUCUCCUCUCUUCCAACUGCUGAGGAAGGUGGAGCUCGGUUUGAAAGAGCAGGCUCUGGAUGCAGGCUUUCUAAAGGGAGAGUUGCGCAAUGAAAGCAGCAGAUUUGUUGAUGUGCUGGAUGCUCAGUGGGCUUGUGAAGGAGAGCUCAUCCCUCUGGACGUGCAGACUCUGAACCCCAGAGAGUUCCUGGCCUACCAGCACGGACUGUUCCUGCUGAAGUUGCUGCACACUCUCAAACUGGCCCCAGCAAUUUCCCUUCAAGUUGCGGCUAGUCUCCCACACAACAACUAUGCCGACAAUGCCUUCAGAAAUUCGUUUUUUUAUCAGGAUGCAGAGGAUAGGCUCUUUGUGCGACGGCAGAGGCUCCAGUGUGUCGGAGGAUUCUCUCUGCUCCUGCUCCACUGUCUGUCUCACAUUUCCGUUGGAGACAUGAGCUCUGACUCCAGCCCGGCCUUCCAGAGGCUUUUCUUCAAGUCGCUCCAGGUCUGUCUCGGGGAGCUGUUUCAGGCCAGAUUAGGCAAGCUCUCCUCUGGACAGGACGCCGUCUCGGGGGCAUGGUCACCAUGCCAAGGAGAUUUUCCCACCACUUUCCUAAUAGACAGUCAUCAAACACCCAGCAGAGGAGUGCCCUCUCAACAUGAGGAAACCGCGCCCCAGAAGAAUCGUUGUGAAGAAGAAUCUCUGUUCAACCGCAUUCAGGAACUGUUACGGGAAAAGCAUUAAACAAUGUGUUUUAUUUUGGUUUUGGAAAUGGUACGCGUCGUACACCCUAUUUCAGAAAAGGGCCAUUCCAUGGCGUGUGUGGACCGAAAAAAAAUAGUGGUGGCGCAAUCAUGAAGGGCGGCAGCAUGAGCCGGCGUACUACAUACAACAAACUAUUGUGUUAAAUGUUCUUUGGCUUACUAUAAGUAUCAAGCAAGAAGUUUGAAUGUUUUUGGACACACAAAGAUGUCACUGAAAUCCACCUUAUGGCCGUGAUUGAUGAUGACACCCUCCCACAAAGUUAUAUUUAUCCAGAAAGUGCAAUAUGUGUUGUAUAUAAUUGCGAUAAUAAUGAAAUAAACCUGUUUAUUUAAAAAACAAAACGAGGAGGAACAGAGGGAGGAGGAACACAGAGAGGAGGAAUAGAGAGGAGACACAGAGAGAGGAGGAACAGAGAGAGGAACAGAGAGGAGGAACAGAGAGGAGGCACAGAGAGGAGGAACAGGGACUCUAUCGGGCUCAUGCACUUGUAAAUCGUUCAAUGAAUUCGGAAAUAUUUGUCAGGAUCAGUACGCUGUAAGCUCUGUUUAUAGACUAAUUGUUGAUUUUUAGUGCAAUGCAUGGAAACUUUGCAACCAACUAGGGUGCGGCCGACCAGCAGGAAACACUGCUGGUAACUUUUGUUCUCACACUUGAGCCCUUUAGAGCUAUAUAAUUACAGGCCGUACUCUUUAUGUUAUUCGUUUAGGGGCUUCUAAUUGUUGAUUGCCACAAAAUGUCAAA